CAGACAGCUCCAGACGCACACACACAUAGGCGCACACACGCUCGCAAAUCUCCGGACAGAGAUAAGGCGGACAGCGGAGCGCUGGGAAAGAGGCAGAGCCGUCCCCCGCAGGGAUCGAGCCAUCGAUUCCCCGCACCAAAGCCGCCGGGAAACUCCCCCAGCAGCGAAAUGAGGUACCCCCUGGCCUGGCCCCUCUGUGCCUUGCUGCUCUGUGUGGCAGAUGCUGUGGAGCUGACAGACAUGUUUGGGGAGAUCCAGUCUCCCAACUUCCCCGACUCCUAUCCCAGCGACUCGGAAAUGACCUGGAACAUCUCUGUGCCUGAUGGGUUUAAAAUCAAGCUGUACUUCAUGCAUUUUGACUUGGAGUCAUCCUACCUCUGUGAAUACGACUAUGUAAAGAUUGAAACUGAGGACCAGGAGCUGGCAACCUUCUGUGGCAGGGAGACAACGGACACGGAGCAGGCUCCAGGACAGCAAGUGAUCCUGUCCCCAGGGCCCUACAUGGGGCUCACCUUCAGGUCUGACUUCUCCAACGAGGAACGCUUCACUGGCUUCGAUGCCCAUUACACCGCUGUGGAUGUGGAUGAGUGCCAGGAGAAGAGUGAUGAGGAGCUGGCUUGUGACCAUUACUGCCACAACUACAUUGGCGGGUACUACUGCUCCUGCAGGUUUGGCUACAUCCUGCACUCCGACAACAGGACCUGCAAAGUGGAGUGCAGUGACAACCUCUACACCCAGAGGAGCGGGGUGAUCACCAGCGCUGACUUCCCCAGCCCCUACCCCAAGAGCUCGGACUGCCUGUACCGCAUCGAGCUGGAAGAGGGCUUCUUCAUCACCCUCAACUUUGAGGACAGCUUUGAUGUGGAAGACCACCCCGAGGUGACCUGUCCAUAUGACCACAUCAAGAUCAAAGCAGGCCAAAAGGAGUUUGGACCUUUCUGUGGAGAAAAGUCCCCAGGGCGCAUUGAAACCCAAACCAACAGCGUGCAGAUCCACUUCCACAGUGACAACUCCGGAGAGAACAGGGGCUGGAAGCUGUCAUACACAGCAGUUGGAAACCCGUGCCCACUGGUGCAACCACCAAUCAAUGGGAAAAUUGAGCCUUCUCAAGCCAAGUACACCUUCAAAGACCAGGUUGUCAUCAGCUGCAACACUGGAUACAAAGUGCUGAAGGAUAACGUGGAAAGUGACUCCUUCCAGAUCGAGUGUCUGAAGGAUGGCACGUGGAGUAACAAGAUCCCUAUCUGCAAAAUUGCUGACUGCAAGGCGCCGCCGGAGCUGGAGCAUGGCUUUGUCACCUUCUCCACCAGGAACAACCUGACCACCUACCAGGCAUCCAUCCAGUACCACUGCCAGCACCCCUACUACCGCAUGGCCCCCAACAGCACCGCCACCUACACGUGCGAUGCGCUGGGGCAGUGGAGGAGUGAGGAGCUGGGGACCAGGCUGCCAUCCUGCAGACCAGUGUGUGGCCGGCCGGCUCGUCCUCUGCCCGGCAUCAUCAAGCGCAUCAUCGGCGGGCGGAACGCGGAGCCCGGCUUCUUCCCCUGGCAGGCCCUGAUUGUGGUGGAGGACAUGUCCCGCGUGCCCAACGACAAAUGGUUCGGCAGCGGGGCGCUGCUCUCAGAGUCCUGGGUGCUGACGGCCGCCCACGUGCUGCGGUCCCAGCGGCGGGACAAGACCGUCAUCCCCGUCUCCAAGGAGCACGUCACCGUCUACCUGGCCCUUCACGAUGUGAGGAACAAGAUGGAAGCUGUCAACAGGACGGUGGAGAGGAUCAUCCUCCACGAGGAGUUUGACAUCCAGAACUACAACCACGACAUCGCACUGGUGAAGCUGAAGGAGAAGGUGACCAUGGGGAAGUACGUCAUGCCUGUCUGCCUGCCCCAGUUUGAGCACGAGCUGGAGGGGCCUCACCCCAACACACUGGGGCUGGUGGCUGGCUGGGGGAUCUCCAACCCCAACAUCACGGUGGAUGAGAUCAUCAGCUCAGGCAUGAGGACCCUGUCUGACAUCCUGCAGUACGUCAAACUGCCCGUGGUGCUGCAUGCCGAGUGCAAGACCAGCUACGAGUCACGCUCGGGCAACUACAGCGUGACCGAGAACAUGUUCUGUGCUGGCUACUAUGAGGGGGGCAAGGACACUUGUCUAGGGGACAGCGGGGGAGCCUUCGUCAUCCAGGACCCGGGAACGCGGAGGUGGGUGGCCCAAGGGCUGGUCUCGUGGGGCGGCCCGGAGGAGUGCGGCAGCAAGCAGGUGUACGGUGUGUACACCAAGGUCUCCAACUACGUGGACUGGGUGGAGCAGAAAACAGGCUCCUCAGAGAGAUGGACAUUUCUGGACCCAGAGCUGGAGAGAUGA